CUUCUUCCUACUCCCACUCUGGCUUUUAAAGAAAAUCCAUAGCCAUGGAGCCGCCCACGUAUACUGGCAAGCCACAGAGCAUCAAGUUGACGGCGUUUGAUGCCCUGGUGUCGAUUCUCAAUAUCCAGCAAGUUUACUUUUACGAAAACAAAGACCGCUCGCCUGAUUUUAUGCCAGCGGACACCCUUCAUACAGCAUUCAACAAGACAAUCUCGCAGUUCCCACCCCUGCUUGGUCACCUCCGCCAGCAGCCUGACAACAGCCUGUCGAUUAUCAUUGACAAGGACAGCCUCAACCUGCCCGAGUAUCGCGAAUCCACAUCGACUGUACAUUACAACGAUAUCAAAGCGUGCGGUUUCGACUAUCGCGCCUGGCCAUCCGACCUAAUGACUGUCGGUGAGAACAGCGGUGUUGCUGUAUUCCUCAGUCUGUCCCAUGCCGCAGGCGAUGGGGCCGGUUUCCACAUGUUCGCAAACCGUUGGGUGGAGGAGGCCAAGGUACUUGCCAAUGGUAGUGUAGCAAGUGACAAGCAGUUCACCUAUGACCGUGAACUGAUCCAAAAGUUUUUGCCCAAGGAUCGCAAACAGCUUAAUGAGGCCAGCGCUGAGUCAUUUGACAGGGCUAUCGGCGCUGCACCUUGGCAGGGAACGCUGUAUCGCGUUGAUACUGAAAAAUUGGGAGUGCUGCGUGAAGAACUCAACCGCUAUGUCCCUGAGGGCGUGCAGUUGACCAAGAACGAUGUGAUUUCGGCACUGAUUGCCAAGACAGUAGCCCAGUCUGUAAAAGCAACCAAAGUAGGCAGGCUGCAGGUCCUUUCUAAUAUCGGUAGCUGGAUUGCAGGGAAGCGUGAAUUCCAGCGGCUCAUGAUCCCAUGCGAUACGCGCCCGCGCCUUGGAAUGGGCGAGAUCAACUAUUCAGUGGAGUCACAAACCACGCUCAAAUCGCUAGCUGAGCUUGCUGUCGAGGUGCGCAAGAGUGUAGGCGCGGUAGAUGCCGAAACCGCCGCUACAGAGCACGACCUGAUGACAUCCAAGGCAAACUGCUACAUGAACAACGUUAUCAUGACUCCAGUCGUUCAAAAGCUCGUACGUCCUGUGAGCAAUGCUGACUCAACAACCAUCCUACCAGACCGCCCACCAAGUAAAGCAUGGCUUGUAAGCAUGACCAACACAAUAGAGGUACUUGCGGAAAUCAAAAAGAACGAAUUCUGGUGCAAGUAUGCGGACUUUGUUUACUAGUGA